UCUUUGUUUUCCUCUCUCUGUCAGGAUUUUGUGUUUAUUGAAGCCUUUACUUGCUUACAGGGUAUCCAACGACUUACCAAAAUAAUCGAGGAAACUGAAAAUUUUUUUUCAGCCCAUUUGGGCCUACUAACUAUUCUUCUUCAAUUAAUGCAACAAUUUCCUCAAAUAUUUCCUUGGCUGGAAUUAUCUACUCAAUUUGUUCGUAAAAUUACUUUUUUUGUUAAUGGACAGUCAAAAUUGGAACAAAAUGGGACGAGAGCUUUGGCUUUGGAAAUGCUUUUGGCUAUUUCUGAACACUGGUUUGGAAGAUAUUUUUAG